UAUUCGAAACAGGGUUUCAGGUUGUUUACCUAUACUUAUAUUUCGGCAUUUCAAAUUUAAAUUGAUCAUUUCCUUCUUCCCCAAAAAUGUCCGACGAUACCAUAUGUUUCUCAGAUCACAAAAUCGUACCGGAUGUAUUGCAAUCAUGUCCCUACAAGAUGCUUAAGGUGACAUAUAGCGGUGGUCAAAGGGUGGAUAUGGGCAGAGAACUAACGCCCACACAGGUAAAACAACAGCCAACGGUUGAGUGGGAAGCGGAUCCGAAUACACUCUACACACUGAUCCUUACGGAUCCGGAUGCUCCCAGUCGCAAGGAUCCAAAGUAUAGGGAGUGGCACCACUGGCUGGUGGUCAAUAUUCCGGGAAACAAUAUCGAAGAGGGCCAAGUCUUGACCGCCUACGUUGGCGCUGGUCCCCCGGAGGGCACUGGACUUCAUCGUUAUGUCUUCUUGGUCUUCAAACAGAACCAACAGCUGAAUUGCAAUGAGCCGCGUAUUCCGAAGACAAGCGGUGACAAGCGAUCCAACUUUAGUACGGCUAAAUUCAUUACCAAAUACAAGCUGGGAAAUCCCAUUGCCGGAAACUUCUUCCAGGCCCAGUGGGACGAUUAUGUGCCGCAGUUGUACAAGCAGCUCUCUGGCAAAAAAUAGGAGGGAAUGUAUCAAGCUUAUAUUCUUAUCAACGGAUUUGGAAAUAUUGAAUUUGUUUUCCAAAAUUUUGCUGCUGAAU